AGGAGCCAAAUCCAUGCAGACAGACCCCUACACCUGCACAGGCUUCCACUGAAGAAUCACCACCAAGCUGGAGCAAACAAGUAAAAGCAUUGACUCAAGUGCCCACAUGAUCACCACGGCCAGGGUACCUGCUGAUAAGCCGGUACGAAUUGCCUUCAGCCUUAAUGAUUCCCCAGAUGAUGCUUCCCCUGAAAACUUCUCUUUGGCAUUUCCAGAACUAGAUCAGCAGCUGCAGCCUCUGCCUCCUUGUCAUGACUCUAAGGAAUCUAUGCAGGUGUAUAAACAGCACUGCAAAAUAGCAGAAGAGUACCACGAGGUCAAGAAAGAAAUUGCUCUACUGGAAGAAAGAAAAAAGGAGCUGAUUGCCAGGCUGGAGCAAGUGGAGAAAGAGAGCAUGGAUGCUGCUCGGCUGGCCAAGGAGUACGCACAGCUGACAGAGGAGAACCGGACGCUGAAGCUGGCCCAGACACAGUGCGUGGAGCAGCUGGAAAAGCUCAGGAUACAGUACCAAAAGAGACAGGGCUCCUCAUAACUCCCAACCAGCUCAUGGGAGGCACUUCUUACAGGAAUGGAAAACAGAUUUUAAAAUAAAGAUCUGUUUCAUAUGUUACAACACUUUACUACGGAUGCAGAGUAUGUAGAAGUCUGAAUUUGAUUUAAUGCUUGCCACCCAGUAGCUUAAUAUAAUGGAUAUUUCAUCCAUUAUAUAAUGAAUGUUUUAUUUCAAGUAACAUAAUUGAAGUUAAUCUGUCCCCAUUAUAUGUUCUAGUGGAUCAGGUUUCUUUUCUAAACAUAUUUCUUCCAAUUUAAGAAGAUAUGGACACACUAGAAAAUUAUAUAAAUAGUGUUGGAAAUUUGGAUCAUACUAGGGACUGGGACAAUGUUAAUAUAUGGAAUACAUGUAUGUUAAUCUUAGUUUGGUAAAUUCUUUUUAAAUUAUUUUCCUCAUGCAUAAAGUGUUUGGAAGUUAUCUUGAAGCAGAUGUCCUCACUAGUAGAAACCAUACUCGAUGUCAACUUCACACUGUUGUAUAAAAUCUGAAAAACUGCACAUUAAAAACUGAAGUAACAAAAUUAUUUUUUAUCAAACAAGUGCACUGCCAGUGGUAAUUUUCAAGUUAUAAAAUUAAAAGGAAACAGAUGAGAUCAAACUUUCCUGCCUUAAGUGUAAAGAUUACUUGAGUGCCUUUUAAUUGUACUUUUAGGCAUGCAAGAAAUGAAAAAUUAAUAUAAGAA